AUGUCGAUAAAAUGUUUGUUCUUUUUUCAUGGAAUUAAUACAACAAUAUAGUUUAUUUAUCACUGAUUUGGCUGAAUAAAGGGACUAGUUUUACUUUACCACAUGUAGAAUGGUACCGUCUCAUGGAAAAGAAUGGAACCAAUGGUAAGCAAAGAAACAAAAGAAAAUAUGAAAGAGGGAGUUCCAGAAGCAGAUAAUCUCUUAAGUAACAAAGAUAAAACAAAAGAAGAAGAAGAGGAGGAGGGAGGUAAUGGUGGGAUUUUGAACAAUCUGAUAUCCAACUUGAUGGGUGCAACAACAACAACAACAGCAGUAGAUGAAAAAUCUGGUGAAAAUACUCAGAAAUCUGAAUGUGAGGAUGAAGAUGAGAAGAAGAAAGAGGGUUCAGGAGCUGGUAUCUUAGAAAAGAUCAUUUCUCAUCUGCCAGUUUCCCCAAAGGCUUCCCAGGCCCAAGGGACUAAUCUGUGUCGCUGCGGCCCGAAUGUUAAAUUUCGCAGUGGCCGGGAAUCGAACCCAGAAGAUGCAGUUCCAACGACAGAGGAAGCAUCCAUUCUGAUCCACUCUGUGAUUGACUGAAGAAGACUUAAACCACAAGUCAUUUUCAUCGUUGUUGUUGUUGUUUAUGUGACUUGUGAUUUUGUUAUUUCUCUUCACAAACUCUUUGUUUUCCUAUCGGAAUCUUUUCAAGGCUAACGUUGAAGCCAUCAUCGUUUUGUCUAUUU